CUGCCUUUAAGCCUUUUAAUCAGUAUCUUGAUUAAACCAUGUCACUGUAUAAAUAAAUGGAAUAUAUUACAGGUUGCCGAAUGAAGGAUAUAUGAAAAUAACGUCAAGGAAGGCUCGGAUCUGACACGUUAUCAUGGCUACAAAACUGUCAGAAGACCAGACAAAUGAGAUAAAGGAGGCGUUUUACAUGUUUGACACCAGCCAGACUGGCAAGAUACGAGCGUCUGAUGUCGGCACGGCAGUGAGAGCUAUUGGCCAAAAUCCAUCAGAAUCCGAGGUCAAAACAAUGGUGCAGGAGGCGGACAAAAAAGGGACGGGCUACGUAACGGAGGCGGACUUUGUUGCGAUGGUGUCGCGCCACUGGCAACCUGUAGAAGGAGAGGACGACCUCGUGGAAGCGUUCCAGCAAUAUGACCGGGAGGGCACGGGCUACAUCGACGUGAAGCACCUACGCCAUGUGCUCGUGAAUCUCGGGGAAAAGAUGGAGGAGAAAGAAGUGGACGAACUUAUCCGAGAGGCGAAACCAGACUCCGAUGGACAACUCAACUAUACCAGUUUGACGCAGCUACUGCUUUCAAAUGCAAAGUAAAAAACAACACAAGUCCAACAAUAUGCAAGGAAGUUUUCCAAAAUGCGUAAUAUACUACAUGCUGUUGGUUGUCAGCUCUUAAUAUUGCGUCAUUUUGUUCCGAAAUAUAAUCAUGUCUAUCGGUUUGUGCAAUAAAUCAUGCAUUUAACAAA